UCCGCCUCUCCCACCAUUCUGCUUUGCCCGGGGUCUUGCCCCAGGCGUGUGGGCGGGUUCUUCGGACAGACUCUCGUCGCGUCUGUUCUGGGAGGCGCAUUCCCAGCCAAACACAGCAUAGAGGACAAGGAGCGGCCGUCCGCAAGGAAAGAAACUGGACGGCGAGAUUGAGUUCGGGAUAUGUGUUCGGGAGUUCAGGAAGACAGACUCAGGGUACAGGUAUCGCGAUCUCGAGGGCAAUUGCCGGGAUAAAGUAACCGAGAGAAUCCGCGGUAAAAACUCCGGGUAAUCUCACCGUACAGAUACGGGGAGACUCCUGGUUCAGACAGUCCAUGAUACAGAUUUCGGAACAUAGUGUCCGGGUUGCAUCUGGUUUAGUUAACCCUGAAUACUCUGCGUUAGAAAGAUCGGGAUACAAGCGGGAUAGUCCGUUGCAGACUGGGACAUUCUGGGAUAAGUCCAGGAAAGAGACACCGUGGUACAGAGAAGCGAAACACUGGAACGAUGUGGGUCCUGGCAACUGUGCUCCUAGUCGGGAUUCUCCAGGGUGCAGGUGAUCCUGGACCGCUGCCUUUGCCUGGUGCUGCGACCGGGGAGCUGGAGCUGUUAAUUCCUGAUGGUUUGGGGGUAACUGCAAUGGAGGUGGCUCCUGUGGAGGUUCAUUUCAGGCCUCGAACUAAGCGUUGCACCUGUUUCUCGUACAAGGACAAGGAGUGUGUGUACUACUGUCACCUGGAUGUGAUCUGGAUGAAUACUCCAGAGAGGACUGUGCCCUAUGGACUAUCCAAUGUGCGACGACAUAAACGCUCUGACAGGGAUAUGAGUUGGCUUGUGAGGUCUCAAAAACCUCGAUGUAUCUGCACAAAGGAUGAUGAUGGACUGUGUGGCCUGUUCUGCAGGCCGAAGCAAAGUGACAGUGAAAUAGUAACCCAUUGAGGUAUCAUUGGUUUGUGAGGGCAGAGGGGGGAAACAAGAUAGCCAAAGAUGUUGCUUGUUUGAUCAAAUAUUGGCCAGUUGCUCAACUGUAUUGGCAAAGAUCGAUCCCUGAUAUUUCCGAGCAGUAUAUCAGUCCUAGGCAGAUCAAAAGUAACGUGUAAUCAGGAGAAAUAUGGGGACAACAGUCUGCAGUAAAUUCAAUAUCUAGGCUUAUUGUCCAUGUAAUCCACCUCUCCCAGAUGCAUCACAAUGGAGCUCCUCAGACUGCAGCCCAACAACGGACCAAAUAUCCUCAAGCUGCUUCCCUCUCUGCAGUCUUAGUUCCUGGGGAUCUGCAGGUUUCAGCGACUCCCACUUAUUGUAGCCAGAGCACUUCACCUGUUCUGUCAUUUCCAUCAAAUCUUGUUUUAUAUAUUCAAUGAGGUGAGAUUCUAUUCGCAUGAUAUUUGGUUUGUUUUUAACCAGUUUAUCCAUCAAAAAAACAUUUGUUACUUUUUGUUAAAGUGGAAGGAGAUGGGCAUUUGGCCCAAUUAUUUUUUGUACAUUAGACCACAUUGUCUAUCAUUCUUUCAGUCACAUCACCUAACAUUUCUCAGCAUUAAAUUUUAUUGGCCAUUUAUUUAUCAUUCUGCCAGACCUCUGUGGUCUAUAAGCGUUCUUUCCAUAGUUUACCACACUUCCCAGCUUUGCAUCAUCUCCAAUUAUGGACAUUUUACACUGCACUGUAGUGCACAAGUUAUGACUAUACAUAUAAAACAAGCAGAACACUACUCUUUUUGCAUCGUCGAUUUCAACACUGUUCGAUAGUUUUUGCCAGUUUCCAACCCAUGCUGACCCUGAAAUUGCUAUUUGUUUAUUAUUUUUACGUGUACUGAGAUAUAGUGAAGAACUUCAGUAAUAUCCAGGCAAAUCAUGCCAUACAUGAGUACAUUAGGUAAUACAAAAGAAAAAAUAAACAAAAUUUAGUAUUACAGCAACAAAGAAUGUCCAGAUAUUUCAUGGGCCCCGAGUUUGCUAAUUGGUCUUUUAAGCAGGAUUUUUAUCAUACAUGUUCUGAUCCCAUAAUAUGACAUUCACUGUAUUCUCUUUAUCAACCUUUGAUUCAGAUCAGACAGUUCUUCGAGCCUCUUCUUCCCUGGUGACUUAUUUACUUUAAGCAAAGCCAGGCUUUGUUCUAUAUUCUCUGCCUCAGUUUUCACUCCACCCAUUAUCUCUCUGAUUUCUUCUACUGAGAUUUUGGCAUCAUCAUCUUCCUUAGUAAACAUCAAUACCAAGUACUCUCAUUUUAUUCCAGCUCUGCUUCUUGCCUCAAAUACAAAUAUCACCUUCUUUAUCCUCAAUCGGCCCCAUUACUCUGACCAACAUUUAUAUAUCCAGGGAAGACUUCUGAAAUCCUUUUCAUACUAUAUGCCAUUCUCUUCUCAUACUCCCUCUUUAAUUAUUUUAUCUUUCUUUUUUAUCUUCUUCCCAGCUAUUUAUAUUCAGCCUGAUUCUAUUCAUCACGCAUGUCAUACACUUAUUUUCUUAUUUCGUCUACUCUAUCUUCUCUGUGGUUCAGAAAGCUUUGAUUUGGUUCCUCAACCACCUGAAAAUGGACUGUCAGCACUUGAAAAAUUCCCUCAAUCAAAGGUUUUAUUUUAAUUGAUCUACUACAGAUUGAACAACUGUUAUGGG